CAAUGCCCAAUUUUGUGAUAUGCGAAGGUAUGCGCUCUACCGAGUGCCCGUUCUAGUUAUCAUUAUUAUGAUAAUUUAUUAUAUUAUUAUUCUAUACAUAACUUACUUUACACAUUUGUAUGUGAACCCGGAGGUUUUUUUGCACAAUAUAUUGCUAUUUAUAUUAAUGAAUCAUUGUAUUGAGUAUGAACAUACUUCAACAGGUUUCCAUUCAGCAGAACCCUGUCGCAACACCAUUGACCAGGAACUGAAUGUCCGUGACGUAACAGCUCCACCAGCCAAUCACGAGCGUCCCGUAGCGGAAACGCGCUGAGAGUCGCUGCAGCAGCAGCAGCAGCAGCUCUAUUCCAGGCUGCACACGAGCUGUUCAUCCACUCAACCCCGACAUGAAGACAAUAGUCGUAGGAGUUGGCGGGAUGACCAAUGGGGGAAAAUCUACUCUUUCCAAGAGUUUACACCAGCAGAUACCCAACAGCUGUCUCAUUGCACAGGAUUCGUAUUUUAAGGAUGACUCUGUGGUGCCAGUGGACAGCAAUGGGUUCAAGCAAUAUGACAUGCUCGACGCGCUCCACAUGGACAGGAUGAUGAGCGAGGUCGACUCGUGGCGAAGAGACCCCGAGACGUUCCUGAGGCGGCGAGGCCUGAACCCCGAGCGCACGACGCCACCGGAGGACGAGGAGGUGUAUGUGCUCAUAGUGGAGGGCUUCCUCAUCUUCAACCACCGGCCUCUGAAUGAGCUGUUUCACAAAAGAUACUCCAUGGAAAUACCUUACGAUGUCUGCAAAACGAGACGAAGCUCGAGGGUGUACACGCCCCCCGACGCUCCCGGGUACUUUGAUGGACACGUGUGGCCCAUGUACCUGAAACACCGGCAGGAAAUGGAGAGCUCGCUGUCUGGAAUGUUGUUUCUGGAUGGACUGAAGCCAAAGGAAGAACUGCUGGCUGAAGUGUAUGAAGAUGUUUGUAAGGAAAUAAAAAGGUUGAGGGGUAAGUGGCAAUUCAACAAUACGUCGACAACAAAUCCCUAUUACUUGUUUUAAAUUGAAUGGUGUGAACAUUAAUGUGGAUUAAUGAGAAACGGGGAAUACUCUUCAAGUACUCUUUUAGUUGGGUUUCUUAAUAUACUACAUUUAAUUUAAUUUGGUGUAUUGCGUUGGCAGAGAAAGACUGAUCCGGUCCGAUGUUACUCUGUCGGCCUUGUGACUGCUGCGCCAAUGGAGGUCAGGAAAGUACGUCUCUAGACCAACGUGUGACUGAAGGGACCAAACCAAGUGUCAAUCCUGAUGUGAUACUUGGAAUAGUUCAUAUGGCUGAAGUUGUUUUAUUUUUGAAGCUGUGUAUGAGAAUGGACUGACGCUGUAGCAGCGGACAUGGUUGGCGCUGCAGAGUGGUUAAAGACUGCGAGUGUUUUGAGUAGUAGACAGUAUUUUUAAAUUAGGAUGCACUCUGAGAAACCUAAAUAUGUGACGUUUUUUACUAGUUGAUGCUGAAUACAAUCAACACAAAUUUGACUGAUGUGACAUCUGAGAAUGUCUUGUAUCUCACUGCAUUGUUUUUAUAAUGAUGUAUGAAGGAUGGUUUUUUACAACACAUGUACAUACUUUGCACAUAUUCCAUUAACUUGUGAUGUAACUCCAGCUAAACGAAAACAAAUAAAGUACGCAUCAUUGUCAAAGACCAGUUUUCACUCAUACUCGUAUAUAACAAAUAUUAAACAAUAAUAAUUGCAUGCCGUGGUUUGGUGAUUGGUACCAUUGGUGGCAUUUCGUCUCCACCUGGUGGUUCGUUCUGAUAAACUUGAGGCGGACGAGUGACCAACUCUAGAUUGCUCUUUGCCCCAAGCACCUGAACACUCAACUCUAUCCAACUCUCAUCAACAGCAAACGAUAAGGAACGACACAUCGCAUUAGAGAAUCACACACAAAUUCAAAUAUUAGGCUGUAGAGCAGUGGUUACCUUCGCAUUGAAAAUGCGGAAGGUUAUGUUUUGAUCGCCGUGUAUUUAUUUAUUUAUUUAUUUGUAUGCGUGUUAUUCGCAUAACA